AUAAUAGUCAUAGUACACAUCGAGCAUACUCAAAUACAGAAUAACGAGAAAACUUUUCAAAAUACAUACACACACCCACUUACACGCGUAAAGAAGACAUACAAUGGCCGACAAUCGUGGUGAAUACAAACGCGAACGACGAAAAUUCUCAUGCUUAACAUAUGCAGUAACAGCCACAUUCUUAUUACUGGCAUUAUUGCAAUGGUAUUUGUUUCACUUUGUUGUGGAAAUAAAUAGUUAUUUUUUUCAACAUGCCUGGAUUGGCAUCAUAUUCUUUGUGCUUAGUCUGGUGUUGAUCCUAAUCUUCAUCUUCUUUGAGGAUUUGCGCUUCUUUACGCCUGGCAAUUGGAUAUUUGCCUUUCUAAUCUUUGAGUGCAUUGUUAUCGGAGUUACAUCGCUGAUUGUACGUCACUAUAAAUAUCAUUAUUUGCUGAGUUUCAUCAUUUGGACUCUUGUGCUAAUCAUAUUCCUCUUAAUUGGCACUUUUCUGCCGCGUGACUUGACGCUGGAUGUUGUGGUGCUCGUAAUAAUUGGAAUUGUAUGCAUUAUUGGAGCCAUUUAUUUUCUAAUGCUCCACAUUGUCGCAAAUGUGCCUUAUUCUUUUUUUGCCUGUCGAGCUUUCCUUGUACUUAGCAUUGUAAUUUUCGUCAUGUAUCAUGCACAAAUUAUCAAUGGUGGUCGCUUUGCUGAGAUUCGGGAUAAGGAUUAUUUGCUUGCUGCUUUAAUAUUAUUCUACGAUUUUCUGAUGAUGUAUCUAUUUACAUUCCAAUUGGCACCCAAAUGGUCAGAUGAUUGUGAUGCGAACAAGAAUGUGACAAGUGUGCUGGUAGUCGAUUCGCAUCUGACAAAAACAACCACAAGCGAAAUGGAUCGCUUAGCCGAUCGAAUUUCAGGUGAUGGCGAUUGAGUUUUUCAAAAAUUUCUGUUUAAAUUUACGCGGUCAAAUAAAAGUGCAACUCUUUGCAAUGUGAA